UUAGAUCCUAGAUAUAAACUUCAUUAUCUGAACUUUGCUUACUCCAAGUUGUAUCCUGAUGUAAGAGUACUAGAAAGAAAAGUUAAUGAUGUGCGUGAUGAAAUGAAAAAACUUUAUAAUGAGUAUUGCAUCUUUUCAAGAGCUUCUGGAAUUGGAACUCAGAAUUUGGGUACUCAAACCGAUGGGAAUUCUGCCCAUCAAGGAAGUGAGUGGUACGAGGUAAUUUUGAAGCUUAUUUAUUACGUACAUGUGGUCUUGUAUUAUUUUGUGUUUUAUCUGUGUGUGUUUGUGAAGUUCUUGUACUUUAUGUUCUCAUAGAAGAUAACUAGUACUUUGCUCUCAUUUCUAACUUCUUUCUUGUUUUAUGCAGGAAUACGCUGCAGCACAGGAAAAUGGUGGUGGUGAUCUGCAAUCUGACUUGUCAGAGUUAGAUCUAUAUCUUAGUGAGAAACAUCCUUGUCAACGGAAUCCAUCAUUCGACAUCCUAAUGUAUUGGAAAGGCCAGGAGCAACGAUUUCCAGUUCUUUCAAGAAUGGCUGGGGACAUCUUGUCAAUUCCUAUUUCAACCGUCGCUUCAGAAUCUGCAUUUAGUAUUGGCGGAAGGGUAAUUGAUCGAUUUCGGAGUUCCUUAUUACCUGAAAAUGCUGAGGCGGUGAUAACAACUCGUGAUUGGGACCUUGGAGUUGGAAAAGAAGAUUUGGAUGAGGAAAAUGGGCUUAUUGGAGAAGAUGUAUUAGGAUUUGAACUUGGUGUAUUGGAGGAUGAGGAAUUGGAGGAUGGCGAAGAUCUAUGGUAUGGUAAAAUGGUAUUACUAGUUACUACGGUAUCGAUUCUCAAAGGGUUGCAGCAGUCUUGCCCAGAAAACAUGAAUACUCUGUCAGACAAUUCAGAUCUGACAUACGGGCGGGCUAACCCGUGA